AUGGACACCCGCCUCCUGGCCCGUGGCCUCCGCGCCAGGCCGUCCGCAUUCUUGCUCACGCGCCAGCAACCUCAGCGCUUCUUCCCAACCACAAUCCGACACAACUCCUCAGACUCCUCAUCACAACAUACCUCCUCUCAAACACCCACAGAAGCUGCUACUCCGGCCACAACACCCAACGCGGAGAAAUCCAUGUCGAAACCAACCAGCUCCGGCUCCGACUUUGACGACAUUCUGAACAAGCUGAACCUUGGCACCCGGACCAAAACAGAGCACGCCGCUGGAAAAGGUCAGGGCCGAGUAAACAGCUCUUUGUCGCGAGGAUUGGGCUUCAAAGAACAGUCCGCCCAGCUGGCGAGCCGCAAAACGGAGUUGAAGCUCGGCCCUACCCUGGGUCGUCAGGUUCACGUAGAGCCCGAGCGUGGCGUUGACCUCGGUGCUGCUAUUCGCAACUUAAACAUGGUUGUCAACGCGAACAAGAUCAAGCAGCAAUCCUUCCAACAAAAGUUCCACGUGCGCAAGGGUAUGGUGCGGAAGCAGCAGCGACGGGAGCGUUGGAGGAAGCUUUUCCGCUUCUCUUUCCAGGAGACCGUGAAGAAGAUCCAGCGCAUGCAGGCGCAGGGAUGGUGA